AUGGUCCUGCAGACUAUGAUGCUCGCCGUUCAGAUUCGCCUAGCAGAUGGGUUUAACCUCUUGGAUAGUAGCCAAGGAAAUGUGGCGGAGGAAGAGAUCAAAGUCGACCGAGAUCUCGCCCGUCAUCAGGCUGAGAAUACCGUCGAAUCCUCGUUCCAGUCUCUCCGGGAGCUCGCAACAGCCGCGACCAUUUCUAUAGAAGAAACCGGCUUUAGCUCGGAAGAUGAAAACCAGCAUCAGUCAACUUCAACAGAAAAAGCGCAGAACCAAAUGGUUUUGUGGAAUGGCGGGCAAAACGACACGGCGGCAUGGCUGUAUCGCACUGUUUUCUCGCCCUAUGCAGAAUCCUUGGAAGCAGACAGUGGCCUUGGAUCUGACUCUCAAGACGACUCUGAAGCCGGGGAAUUGAAGAAUUCCGGUGCUUCAACAGAUUUUCAGCUCGCAAGUCUCGGCACAACCCUCCAGAAGCCUGCAGGGUGUAAGGCCGUUGUCAACGAGCUUCUGGCUGAAUGGACGAACCUCACAGAGGACGAGAUUCAAGGUAUACAAAGUAGAACAAAAGACGACAUCCAAGGUGUACAAAGUAAGGAGCAGGCCAAGGGAGCUGCUCCUCUCGUACCAGCUAUGCCAGAAAACGAGGAGAAGAGCGUACUUUUGAAAGAUGCUGUGGGAAGAAGGUUUACAUUUCCAUAUAACAAAGCUAAGACUUGGGAGGGUGUACACAAUCUGCUCAAAGAGGCAUUCUUGCAUGUGGAUGUCAUUGGACCGCAUGUACUGAAGGGGCACUUUGAUCUAUGUUUGGUGAACAGAAAUGGGACCAUCGCGUUACCUAGCCUGUGGAGUGACCUUGUCAAACCAGGCUUCGUCAUUGAGAUGCGAAUGUGGCCGAUGGAGAAAUUGAUGCCCCCGCCACCACCAAGACCCCCGUUACCACCGACGCUACUGUUUCCGUCAGGGGUGAAGCCUCCUCCUCCGCCUCCUCCUUCUUCAACAGGUCAGCCUCCUGUGAUUAAUUUGGAGCGCCGAACGUCUCCGGCCCCAACAAAAUCACCAGAGCCUCAGCCAGACGCAUCAAAGACCAAGCACAGAAGGAGGAACAACACUCCAAACUCCCAGGCACCUUGA